AUGUCCACCAAACCCGCUCCGCCGGAGUUCGUCACUCUAGCCUCAAAUGAUGGAUUCGAGUUCAUAAUACCCCGAAACGCUGCCUGUGUCUCUGGCACGAUACGGCGCAUGUUAGAUCCUGCAAGUAAUUUCUCCGAAGCCGUCACCGGCCGCUGUGUUUUCGAGAAUAUGAAUGGAGUCGUGCUUGAGAAAGUUUGCGAAUACUUCCUCUAUAAUGAGCGGAAUAAAGGACAGAAAAACGUGCCAGACAUGGAGUUCCCACUCGAGCUGUGUCUGGAGCUUUUGAUUGCGGCGGACUAUUUGGAUAGUAUGCUUUCUUUUUACGAUGGUUUCUCUGCUUUCCCUAUUUGUUUAUGA